AUUAUUUUGCUAGCCAUGAUAUAUAUUUUCUUCAAAGCUACAAAAACAAAAUAAAGAUAUUUAAAGACUAACCUAAGAGAAGAACUAAAUAUACAACUUGUUUUUUUUAGAUUAAUAACUGUUCGGUUUCUCUUCUAAGUUUGUUGCAGAGAAUUAAAGCUUUUUUAUUUCUUUUGUUUGUCUUUUGUUUUUCUCUUUCUAUGUUUAUGUAUUUCUUCCGAGCAAAAGCAAGACAAGCAGUUUUAUAAAUAUAAGCAAUUGAAAAACAUAUUUAUAAUAUCCAUUUUGUAGAUAAGAGGGAGAUGCUUAUUGUUACCUUCUUUGGUAGACAAAACUUUAUUUUUGUAUUCUUCUACUUUGAGCACAGAACACUCAAGUUCCAUUUUUAACCUGAAAUUUACAGUACAGUUAAGAUAAUAUUAAUUGGGAAUAAGAGGAAAAUGAAUCUUAAUAAAAGUAAUCGUAAACUUGUAUGGACUGUUUUUCAGUGAAAAACUCAACAGAAAAAAAAUGUUUGGGAGAGAUGAAAUGAAAGAGAGAGACGUAGACUAAAAGAGAGAUAGAAAUAUCAAACAGAGAGUAAAAUAAAUAGAUAAAAGGUACAUAAAAGAUAAUCAGUUUCAACUUAUACUGAUUGAACUUGGUGGUGAUAACGUGAGGGAUUUUAGGAAAUGUUGUUUGAGUUUUAGAAAAAGCUGGAUCUAAAUUUUCUUAAAAACUUAUUCCAUGUGUCCGAAUUUGAUUAGCUAGUUGACUUGUGAUUUAGUAUAUAAGGAAUUUGUACCAGAUUUGCAAUUGGUUUCGGUUUAUUUCAGUUAAAAGUUUGUUACUGUUUGAACUAAAAUGAAAUUAGUUUUGAUUGCAUUGGUUAAUCAAACUGUUUUUUUUCUCCGUUCUUCAACAUACAUACAUAUUGAUUAUGUAACGUUGGUCAAUAUUGCAACAAUGAUAAGCAUAAAAUAUUGCAACACUAGCUCGUUGCCCCAAUCAGGCCACUAGCCUGUAGCGCGUAUGUUAAUUUUAUAUUUAUCCCUCCGAAUAAGACUUUUUCCAUCGUCAUUGAUUCAUUUUAAUAACAACUACUCCUCUGCAUUAUCUUAUAUAAUCACACGAUUCACAUUAUUAACACAUCCAUCAGAACUAAGCGAAAGACAAUAGCCAAAGAUGAGCGAGAUCAAAGCCAGACGCAUACUCCUCCUUUCUAUCAUAUUCCUCUUCUUCUUCUCCGAGACUCUUCUGUUGUGUUCAGCUAACGAGGAUGGCUCAAGGAAUCUUGCAGUGGUCAUGAGAAAACGAAUAAGAAACAGAGGGCCGCGCAACUCAACAUCCGCAGCUUCACCUAUGAUGUUGCCAAGCUCCUUUCAUAUUGGUGCUGCUUCUUCUUUCCUCCUCGCUCUCCUUUUAUAAGUUCCGUUUGUAGUGAUCGUGAUUUACAUAUUCAGAGUUAAUAUGCUUUUGUCUAUUGUAUUGAUUUAUGUAAAUUUAUCAAACAGUCUCAAACUCUGUUAUUGAUAUCUGUUUCAUUAUAGUUUUUAUUGUCUAUAAUAAAAGCAUCGUCAUUUGCCUA